AUGUGGGUUCCUUGCUCCUGCAGAGUCUCUCGACUGCUUAGUGUGACCGUUGCUGGUGUUUACACCCCACUGCCAGAUGUUGCACCCAAGCAGUGGAGCCACACGCAGCAGCUCCGCUCUGCUGCCCUCCCGUAUGAGAAGGUGCCGGUAAUCCUCGUUGGUAAUAAAGUGGACCUGGAAAGCGAGCGAGAAGUGUCGUCGAACGAGGGCAGAGCCUUAGCCGAAGAGUGGGGCUGCCCCUUCAUGGAGACCUCUGCCAAGAGCAAAACGAUGGUGGAUGAGCUCUUUGCGGAAAUCGUCAGACAGAUGAACUAUGCAGCACAGCCAGACAAAGAUGAUCCAUGCUGUUCUGCAUGUAAUAUACAAUAGCAUUAAGAAUUACCUAACCUGGACCUCAUUUGCAGAAAUUUUGUAAGGUGGUAAAACUGUCUACUUCACUUCCUGGUCUGUGGGUCACUUGAAGUACAUCUGUAGUGAAGUAGCGACAUUAACUCAGAGCUGAGCAUUGGAAGUCAAUCACUGACUCUGAAUACAAUUGGGUUAAAUGACCACAUCUCACCCAUUUUUCCCCUUGAGCACCUGCAACUUUAUGGCACAGCCAACUGAUCUACAGGGUCGUUCCCGUUGAGUUCCUUGCGCUGUCACGUGAGACGGCGCCGGCAGCAGCUAUUUCGCUG